AUGAGAGAGGCGAGGGGGAAGAUCGAUCUCGGAGGCUUGGGGAUCGGGGAGAUAAAGUUCGGGACGGCCAGGACGGGCGCCACCCUCCUGGAAGUCCCAGGCCCGGACAGUGGCAAGAAAGCCGAUGCCCUGGCCGAGGCCCUCAAAAAGGCCUUCCAGGGGAAGAAAGACGUAAGGGUGGAGAGACCCAUAAAAAUGGGGGAAUUGCGGAUCCGCGACCUACAUGUAUCGAUUGAUUCGAAUAAGGUCGCGGAGGCCGUGGCGGAGGUAGGAGGAUGCCCUCUCCCUAGGGUAAGGGUGGGACCCAUCCGGCCCUCUCAAGGCGGAAGUGAAAUGGGCGUGGUGUGUGUGCGGUGCCCCCUCGAUGCGGCCAUUAAGGUUGUCGCGGGAGGGGGCCGUAUCAAAGUGGGAGGAUGGGCGAUUGUAGGGGUCUCUCUGUUAGAAGAGAGACCCUUACAGUGCUUUAAAUGCCUGGGAAAGGGCCACGUGCGCGUUAAUUGCACGAGCUCUUUUGGCAGGAGUGGCGCCUGCUACAGGUGCGGAUCAACGGGGCAUAUCGCCAGAGACUGCAAGGCCCCUGCGAGCUGCCCUGUAUGCAGGGACAAGGGGCUCCCACACGCGCAUAGGGUGGGGGGCUCUGCUUGUAAGGCCCCUAGUAGCAGGGGGCGUACGAAGAGGGGCGUUGUAGUGGGUAUGGCCUCAGCCCCCGUGCCCACCUCCAAAUCUGCCAAGUCCCCGGGAAAGAAGGUGGGGACGGAGAGGAAGGAGGGGAAGGGCGUGGCCUUGGCACCCACGCCCUCUCCGGAAGUGAUGGAUGUUGAGGAGGCGGGAACACCGGACGCGGUUGCUUUGAACUCCGCGUCCGGACCCGCAGACUUGAUAGGAGAGAAGGUGGGACAAGCGGGCGUGGCUUUGGACCCCACGUCCGCUCCUGCUGGCCGUUCGAGGAGCACCUGCGUGCGUACCCGGGGGGAGUCUAUCGUGGAUCUUAUGUGGGCUUCUCCGACGGCCGCGCGCAGGGUCACGGGUUGGUGGGUAGAAGAAGACCUCGAAUCGGGGUCGGAUCACAGGUAUAUUGUGAUCGAGGCUUCGACCACCCCCACCGGACAGCUCAGCCGUCGCGGGCGUAACACCCGGGGGAGGGGUUGGGUCCUCCGAAAGAUGGAAAAUGACGUCUUAAUAGCGGUUGUUCUGGCGGAAUCCUGGCCGAUGCCAUCCGGCCAGGCCGUGGACUUGGAGGAGGAAGCCACGAGGAUCGUGAGCAUGGUUGAGGACGCGUGUGAGGCGUCCAUGCCACGAUCUAGAUGGUCCCCCGGCAAGGCAAUGUACUGGUGGACCGGGGAGAUCGCCGAGCUUAGGCGUCUCUCCUCGGCCGCCAGGCGCAUAUUCCUGCGUGCGCGCAGAAGGGGGGAUCAUGCCGGAACAACUGAAGCACUGGAGGGAUUUCGUGCCGCACGAAAGGCCCUCCGGGCCGCCAUUGGGACAGCAAAGGCCAGGGCGUGGGAGGAGCUUACCUCCACCCUGGACCGGGAUCCGUGGGGGCUACCCUUUAAGAUAGUUCUCAGGAAACUGAGACUAAGAGCGCCCCGUACUGCGGAGAGACUUAAGCCGGAACUCCUCGGCAACAUCGUAAACACACUGUUCCCUGUGGGGGGAUCUGUCACCCCUCCCCCCACAGUAGGGGAAGUGUGGCCAGAGGAGCCGGCAGUUUCGACAGAGGAGAUGUCCGCGGUGCGGGCCAGGCUUGGCGGAGCGGCCAAAGCGCCUGGACCCGACGGAAUCCCCGGCAGGGCGUGGGCCCUGGUGGCAAAGGUGCUAAGUGACCGGCUGGGGGGGCUCUUUACCGCCUGCCUCAGGUCCGGCACUUUCCCCUCGCGGUGGAGGAGGGCAAACUUGGUCCUCCUCCACAAAGAUCGCAAGCCGCCGGAGUAA